UGCAGUACGUUUUUAUACCUGAAAUUCCUGGUAGUGUGGGCACUUGUCCUUCUGGCAGAUUUUGUCCUGGAGUUCAGAUUUGAAUACCUGUGGCCGUUCUGGCUUUUCAUCAGGAGCGUCUAUGAUUCCUUCAGAUACCAGGGACUGGCCUUCUCAGUAUUUUUUGUUUGUGUAGCAUUUACGUCAAAUAUAAUAUGUCUGCUGUUCAUCCCCAUACAAUGGCUUUUUUUUGCUGCUAGCACAUACGUAUGGGUUCAGUACGUAUGGCACACAGAAAGGGGAGUGUGUUUGCCUACAGUGUCCCUCUGGAUACUCUUUGUUUAUAUCGAAGCAGCAAUUAGAUUUAAAGAUCUCAAAAAUUUUCAUGUAGACCUUUGUCGUCCAUUUGCUGCUCACUGUAUUGGGUACCCUGUGGUGACUUUGGGCUUUGGCUUCAAAAGUUAUGUAAGCUACAAAAUGCGGUUAAGGAAGCAAAAAGAAGUGCAGAAAGAGAACGAAUUUUACAUGCAACUGCUUCAACAAGCCCUCCCUCCAGAGCAGCAGAUGCUACAGAAGCAAGAGAAGGAGGCUGAGGAAGCAGCCAAGGGGUUACCUGAUAUGGAUUCCUCGAUCCUUAUACAUCACAAUGGAGGUAUCCCCGCCAACAAAAAACUCUCCACAACUUUGCCAGAGAUAGAAUAUCGAGAAAAGGGGAAAGAAAAGGACAAAGAUGCCAAAAAGCACAACCUUGGAAUAAAUAACAACAAUAUUCUACAACCUGUAGACUCUAAAAUACAAGAGAUCGAGUAUAUGGAAAACCAUAUCAACAGUAAAAGGUUAAAUAAUGACCUUGUGGGAAGUACAGAAAAUCUCUUGAAAGAGGACUCAUGCACUGCUUCCUCAAAAAAUUACAAAAACGCCAGCGGGGUUGUGAACUCCUCACCACGCAGUCACAGCGCCACGAAUGGGAGCAUCCCUUCCUCCUCGGGUAAGAACGAGAAGAAGCAGAAGUGCACGAGCAAGAGCCCGAGUGCACACAAGGACUUAAUGGAGAACUGUAUUCCUAAUAACCAGCUAAGCAAACCAGACGCGCUGGUGAGGCUGGAACAGGACAUUAAAAAGUUGAAGGCCGACCUGCAGGCCAGCAGGCAAGUGGAACAAGAGCUCCGCAGCCAGAUCAGCUCCCUCUCGAGCACCGAGCGAGGCAUCCGCUCAGAGAUGGGCCAGCUCCGGCAGGAGAACGAGCUGCUGCAGAACAAGUUACAUAACGCUGUGCAGAUGAAGCAGAAAGACAAGCAGAGCAUCAGCCAGCUGGAGAAAAAACUGAAAGCUGAACAGGAAGCCCGAAGUUUUGUAGAAAAGCAGUUAAUGGAAGAGAAAAAAAGGAAGAAAUUAGAAGAAGCCACGGCUGCCCGGGCUGUUGCAUUUGCUGCUGCGUCUAGGGGCGAGUGUACCGAAACCUUACGGAAUCGGAUCAGAGAACUAGAAGCAGAGGGCAAGAAGCUCACAAUGGACAUGAAGGUGAAAGAAGACCAGAUCCGAGAACUCGAACUUAAAGUUCAGGAGCUUCGGAAGUACAAGGAGAACGAGAAGGACACGGAGGUGUUAAUGUCAGCCCUCUCAGCCAUGCAAGACAAAACACAGCACCUAGAGAACAGCCUGAGCGCAGAGACCAGGAUCAAGCUGGACCUGUUCUCCGCCCUGGGCGACGCCAAAAGGCAGCUGGAGAUUGCCCAAGGACAGAUCCUCCAGAAGGACCAGGAAAUCAAGGACCUCAAACAGAAGAUGUCCCCCCCCUUCUCCUCCAAGUUUGUGGAGACCAGCCCCUCCGGACUCGACCCCAAUGCCUCUGUCUACCAGCCCCUGAAGAAGUGAAGGCCAGCCGCGCGUUCUGCCCGCCUGUUUGGUUACCAGGAGGCACCACCAAGGAGCGUCUCUGGCAGUCCAGAUAAAAAAGUUUCUAUUGUAUUUUGUGGGACUGUAUAUGUUGUCAUUUUUAAAAGGGGGGAGACAACUUCCACGUCUGAUUAGGACUGCCCGUCAGUUUCCUUGUAAAUUUUUAGAAGACCUCACAGAACUUUGCAGUUUAUUUUUCUCGGCCAACACAUUAAAACCAGUCUUGGAUUUCAAGUAGCCGGUUUUGCCUUUUAUGUAUUCUCAUAUAGUUUCCUCUUGAAGAAAAAAAAAGCAGAGUUUUUGCUUUGAAAGUCUUUAUUUCGGUUCUGUUCUUAAAUAAGCAAACAAACCCUGCACAUUGGAUUCCUGGGGGAUGACCCUGAAAACUUUCAGAUCUUAGAGGGGAAGGGUUAAAUAACCUAGCAGCUUUGCUUUGCAUUCAAGGUGAUUAUUGGUAUUGCAGAAAACAAAACUCGAUUGCCCCUUCAAGGACCAAUCAAUUCAAGGUGCACCGUUUAGGCCAAGAAGAAGACCGAGUGACGAGAGUAGCUGCAAGGGUGUAACCGGCUGUGCUGGAGGUCUGUCCCCGCUAGCAGCAGUCCUCUUCACAGUGCCUUGGGGGAGGACAGUUCAGGAGGAAGCUUGGUCGCUCAGCCCGUUUCCCCUCCUCCGUGACCUCUCCGCUGUCUGUACCAAGCUCGCUACGGAUCCUGCUGUAACACUGGUGUGCGGCGGCUGCUCGCGACCUCCAUGGCCACCCGUCUCUGAAGCAAGCGCCGCGGUGCCCUGAGCUUGCCCAGUAAAGCGCUUUGGGAAGGGAGCCGGGUCGUGCUUGCGUAGGAGACGGGAACCGUGGCUCGUGAAAGCCGCAGCUCCUUCCCCACUUCAUGUAGCUGUGCUUUCCCCACUGUUCAUCAUCUUGUGUUUGACAGUUUAAAAGAGGUUUGACUAUUCCUCAGCUCUUGUGCCAAGGAGGGUUUUUCUUUUGUUUUUAUUUUUUUUUAAGACUUUUAAACUCAAAACUGCACAAAGAUUUCAGUUUCAAACAUGUAUUAUACUUCGGUAGAAAAGUGUUCUGCACAGGCAACUUUUGGAAGUAUUUAAGAAUCAGGGUGUGGGUCGGGGGAGGGGGGUCAAAGCAAAAUUGUAUUUGGAAACUAGGAAAAACUAAGAAACCAAGUUAGAUUGGUUUGCUUCCUUGACAUGGAUUCUGGGAGGACGCAGUUCUUCUAAAAUCUCCUGCGAAUCGGCAUGUACAUGUCAUUUAAAG